AUGGCAUUUUCUACUGCCAAUGAAGGAGGUUUUAGCGUACUGGAGCAUGCAACAGUGUUGGAAGAAUGCAGAAAAGGAGUGCGGAAAAUAGGAGAAGAUUUAUUUGAAAGUUUAAACAUGAUUGAUGUGGUUCAACGCCUGAGCAUUGACCACUAUUUCCAGGAAGAGAUUGAUGAAAUUUUACGAAGGCAAUACGUAAAAUACGUUACUGAUCCUGGCGACUGUGGACACGAGGCGCUUCAAGAGGCUGCCCUACGCUUUAGACUUUUGAGACAACGAGGUUACUAUGUGCCUGCUGAUGUAUUUGACAGCUUUAGGGACCAGGAAGGGAAGUUUAAUGAACAUUUGAGUGAAGAUAUCAACGGAUUGAUGGCUUUAUAUGAAGCUUCACAGGUAAGUAUUCCAGGCGAAGUCACACUUGAUGAAGCUAGAGACUUUAGUGAGCAAGUACUGCUGAAUGCGAAGGUGAAAUAUCUUGAUAACAAUCAAGUUAGAGCUGUUGAAAAUUGUUUAGCUAAUCCUUGUCACAAAAGCUUGGCAAGGUUCAUGGCCAAAAGUUUUUUAAAUAGUUUCCAAUGCACAAGUGGAGGGUUGAUGAAUGAUUUACACCAACUAGCGAAAAUGGAUUUCAAUAUGACCCAAUCCAUGCACCACAAGGAAAUUGACGUAGUCUUGAAAUGGUGGAGAGAUACUGGUUUGGCCAAGGAGCUAAAAUUUGCUAGGGACCAACCAUUGAAAUGGUACAUUUGUUCCAUGGUCUGUCUUGUACAUCCUGAAAUGUCAGACGACAGGGUUGAGCUCGCAAAACCCAUUUCUCUCAUCUACAUAAUUGAUGACAUUUUUGAUCUUUAUGGGAUGCUGGAGGAGCUCACCCUCUUCACAGAAGCUAUCAACAAAUGGGAUAUUGCUGCCCUUGAACAAUUACCCGAAUGCAUGAAGAGAUGCUUCAAGGCUCUGUAUGAUAUCACUGAUGAAAUUAGCUACAAGAUAUAUCAAAAGUAUGGGCUGAACCCUAUAGAAUCUCUGAGAAAGACGUGGACGAGUUUGAUCAAUGCCUUUUUAAAGGAGGCACGAUGGCUUGCUUCCGGGUACUCUCUAAACUCGGACGAGUAUUUGAAGAAUGCAAUUGUAAGCACAGGAGUACACGUGGUACUAGUUCACACCUUAUUUCUUUUGGGUCAUUGUAUGACUAAAGAAGAUGAAGAUUUUGUUGAGAAUAUGCCUGGCAUUAUAUCUUCUACGGCAACAAUUCUUCGGCUUUGGGAUGACUUAGGCAAUGCCAUGGAUGAGAAGCAAGAAGGUCGGGAUGGAUCAUACCUAGAGUACUACAUGAAGGAACACAAAGAUUGUUCAAUCAAAGAGGCACGAGAGAAAGUUGCCAAUAUGAUUUUAGAUGCAUGGAAGUGCCUAAACAAGGAGUGCCUCUUUCCAAAUCCAUUUCCACAAACAUUUAGUAAGGCUUGUCUUAAUAUUGCAAGAAUGGUUCCAUUGUUGUAUAAUUAUGAUGACAACCAUGGCCUUCCAAUCUUUGAGGAGCAUGUGAAAUCAUUGCUUUAUGAAAGUAUCUGUAUAGGAAAAGAAAAGAAAAGAAGAAAGAUGUAA